AUGGGUAUUGUAUAUGAGCAUACGAUCCGCCUCAACAAGGCAGUUCGGGGGAAGCCGAGUAAGAAGGCUGCGCCUAUCGCCAUCCGCGCCAUCCGCGCACAGGUUGAGAAGCUUGCAAAGGUAGAGGACGUUCGCCUUGACCCUUCUGUCAACGUCUUUGUUUGGUCGCGAGGCAUUCGCCACGUUCCUCGUAGGAUCCGUCUCGAGGUGAGGCUGGAGGGAGACGACGAGCAUAAGUUCGCCUACGUCAUCAACAAGGACGUGGAGAACUUUAAGCACCUCACUACAGAGAAGAAGGGCAGCGAAGACGGCAGCGAGUAA